AUGUCCAAGGCGAGGUCGAAGGCCACACCGCGGCCGAUGGAUGUGCCCACUGAUGCGGCGGAGAGGGCGGACGAUGACCAGGGCAAGGUGGAGUCGGAGAGCGUAAAGGUCGCGGUGCGUGUCCGACCUUUCAUCCAGAGGGAAAAGAAUAACUCGUUGGUCAGCAUCGUAGCUGUACACACAAAGAACAAGGUGGUAACAAUAAUAAACCCCCAGCCAAGAGAAAUGAACUCCACAACAACGAAGAAGUCGUUCCAGUUCGACAAUGUGUUCUGGUCGGUGGAUAGCCCUGACGAGUGCGGCGGCAAGCCUGCUGGGCAGGUUGAUGUGUACGAGGCGAUCGGGCGGCCGUUAGUGCUUCACGCGUUCAGCGGGUUCAACUCGUGCCUGUUCGCGUACGGUCAGACCGGGAGCGGCAAGACGUACACGAUGAUGGGGGGCGACCCGAACGCGCUAGGCGGGGCGGACGCUGGCGUGACGCCGCGGCUGUGCCUGGAGCUGUUCCAGAGGCGUGCGCUCAUCGAGGCGGAGGGCCACUCG